AUGCGGAUUCCUUCAACACAUCAGUUUUUAGUGCACGAUGUUUCUGAUGGUGGUUUCAUCACGGCGCUGCUCGAGAUGUCAUUCGCUGGAAACAUUUCGUUUAAAGCUGACAUCACUUGCGAAUCAAAAGAUCCAAUAGCGUUUUUGUUUGCUGAAGAAGCUGGCAUAUUUGUUGAAGUUGAACAGCGGCAUUCCACUCGUGUCAUUGGAAAUCUCAAAGGACAUGCCGAAGUGAAACUCAUAGGAGAGGUAUAUCCGCAAUAUGGACCGGAUGCGACGGUUGAAGUGGUCAUUAAUGGCGAACAGGUGGUUAAGGAGAAUUUGGUGGCUCUGCGUGAAGUUUGGGAGGAGACAUCCGAUCGCCUCGGUCUCAUGCAGACGAGUGCCGUCUGUCUACAGGAAGGCAAACAAGUUAGAUCGGUGAUUAAAACUGUGACAUAUUCAGCUCCAUUUCACUGGCAUGAUGCGUAUGUACUCACAACUGAGCAAUGUUUAACAUCGGCCCCACGAGUAGCGAUUAUUCGUGAAGAAGGCUCCAACGGCGAUCGAGAGAUGGCGGCCGCAUUUACGAUGGCAGGCUUCGAAGCACAUGACGUGACUAUGACGGAUUUGUUGUCAGGGCAUUCCUUAGAUCAGUACAGAGUAGCAGCGUUUGUUGGAGGAUUCUCGUAUGCAGAUGUCCUCGGUUCAGCUAAAGGUUGGGCAGCUGUAAUCCGUUACAACCCCGUUGUUCGUGUUGAGUUUUCGCGGUUCCGCAGCAGAACCGACACCAUUUCCUUCGGUGUCUGCAACGGAUGUCAGCUAAUGGCCCACCUUGGUUGGGUUGGCGAAUACGAAGGAUCUCCAUCCGUUUUUCUUGCCGAAAACCUUUGCGGCCGCUUUGAGUCUGUAUUUGGACCAGUUCGGAUCCUAGAUUCUUCUUCUAUCUGGCUCAAAGACAUGGCUGGUGCUGUUCUGGGCUUGUGGAGCUCCCAUGGUGAAGGUCGCUUCGUCUAUCGUAACCCCGAGGUGCUCAAUUCACUAAAAAGUUCUGGGCUGAUCGCUAUGCAAUAUGUGGAUAGUGAUGGCCAGCCUACUAUGACAUAUCCAUGGAAUCCAAAUGGGUCCGAGAGCUCAGUGGCAGCGAUUUGCAGUCAUGACGGCAGACACUUGGCCAUGAUGCCUCAUUCAGACAGGUACGAUCUGACUCACGUUACCAAUAAAGCUUACGUCUUAUUUAAUUGGUUUUAUACUUGA